CAUUACCAUUGCCAUUGCCAUCACCAUGGCUGCCACCCCCGUCUUCCCGGUGUUCCCAGACCUUCCCUUGAUGUCCCAUGAUGACAGCAACUGCUUCGCCGUGCAGGAUCACCUGGCACUCCCCUAUAUCGCACAAAUCCUCAUGGAGGAGGAGGAUGACGUUGAUGAAGACAACCCUGCACUCCUCAAAGCCCAGCGACCCUUUGCCCAAAUCCUCUCUUCCAGCAUGCAUGCCUCCACCUUAAUGGCGGACCAAGGCGGCGCUUUGGCCAUCGACGUGCACUCUCCCAGUUCACCCAUCUUCAAGUUCAAGGGUGUUGAUGAGGUCCGCAGCUUGCUGUUGCUCCCCGAUGGGGACUACAGCACUCACAUGUUUAGUACUGCCUUCCUCAGGGGCAUGGAAGAGGCCAACAAGUUCUUGCCCACAAACUGUGAGCUGACGACCACUGGUGGGCAUGAUCAACCCAAGGAGAAAAGUGGCAGGGGCCGCAAGGACAGGCAUGGUGAUGUGGAGGUUGAUGUCAGUAGGACUAGCAGAUUGGUGGAAGCUGGUGCCGGCGAGGUGUUCGACCAAACGCUCAUUGCCAUGGGCAAUGAGACUGGGAACAGCAACAAGAAGGGGAGAAAGAGCAAGGCACGGGUGGUUGACCUGCACACACUGCUGAUCCACUGCGCCAAGGCGGUGAUGGAUGACCGCCGUAGUGCAGGUGAGUUACUCAAGGAGAUCAAGCAGCAUGCAUCACCAACUGGGGACGCCACACAGCGGCUUGCCUACUGGUUUGCUGAGGGGCUGGAGGCACGGCUGACCGGCACAGGGAGACAGGUGUAUGGGUUGCUCACGGCUGAGUGCACCUCUACUGUGAGGCAUAUGCAGGCCUACCAGCUGUUCAUGUCCACCUGCUGUUUCAGGAAGGUAGCCUUCUUGUUUGCCAACAAGGCCAUUUUCAAUGCAGCAGUUGGGAGAAGCAGGUUGCAUAUCGUGGAUUAUGGCCUCCAUUGUGGGUUCCAGUGGCCUGAGCUGCUGCGCUGGUUGGCUUCAAGGGAUGGUGGCCCACCGGAGGUCAGGAUCACCCACAUUGAACUCCCAUUGCCUGGGGUCUACCCAGAAAAACAUAUGGAGCAGAUAGGUAAUCAGCUGACUGACAUUGCACAAGAGCUUGGUGUGCCGUUCAAGUACCGUGCUAUCAUGGCACAGUGGCAGACCAUUUGCAUUGAGGACCUGGACAUGGAACCUGACGAGGCGCUUGCUGUGAAUGACCAGUUCAAUUUCAGGACCUUAAUGGAUGAGAGUGUCGUCAUAGCCAGCCCGAACCCCAGGGAUGUCGUCCUCGGCAACAUCAGCAAGAUGAAGCCAGACGUGUUUGUCCAAAGCACCGUGAAUGGCUCCUAUGGCACCUUCUUCUUGUCACGGUUCCGAGAGGCCCUUUUCUACCACUCUGCGCUAUUUGACAUGCUUGAUGCAACCAUGCCACGGGAGAGCAAACUGCGGCUGGCGCUGGAGCGUGACGUCUUUGGGUGGAUGGUCCUGAAUGCCGUCGCAUAUGAGGGAGAGGACCGAGUGGAGCGCGGUGAGACCUAUAAGCAUUGGCAGAUCAGAAACCAACGAGCAGGCCUGAGGCAGCUGCCACUGAACAGAGAGACUGUUAAGAUGGCUAGGGACAUGGUCAUGGGUGACUACCACAAGGAUUUUGCCAUAGAUGAGGAUCACCAAUGGCUGCUACAGGGAUGGAAGGGUCGUAUUCUCUACGCCCACUCAACAUGGGUGGCAGAGGGAGCUAGCUCCCAUUGUUAGCUAUUUUUCUCCUUUCUGCACAGGAACAACAGCUGCUAUGGGCAGUUAAUACUAUACUGUUUGUGAUGAGGUUUAUAUUCUAAACUUUGAAGAUGCAUUUUUUUUAUGGGAUGGCAAAAGGCAUUUGGGAUGAUGUGGCAUUUUCUUUGCUUUUUUUGUACUCAACUGUAUAAGAAGAUAAAUAUAUUUCUAUGUUUUUUAAGAUAAAAUAUAUAUCUA